UAUGUCAGAUGCCGAGUUUGUUACAGUACAUCGGCAUUUUGGCCAGAAGUGUGGUGUGUAGUACCGCCUGCGGUUACGGUGUUCUUUCCCUCAAAAAAAAAUACCUUUUGUUCUGGUCUGACUGACUGCGUGCAGGAACUUUGUGUGUGAACCUGGACUUGUGAUUAACUUUUCGAUGUACUUACCAGUUUUGAACGAUGUUACUGACAGUGUUAGCGAAGCCUAAAGGGAGGGAUUUUAAUGUUUGAGUUAUGAGAGCAUCCUGGCUUCGCAGCGAGCGGCUGAUACAAUAAAUCCCAUGCUCAGACUAUGAGCCAGCAACGAGAGAUUUUACAAUAUAAGUGAUAGUUAGCAAGAAGCCAUGGUGCGCAGUCGUACACCCUCACAAGGGGGUGGCUCGCAGGGGUUCGAGAUGGAAAGGAAAUAUUCGGUACCCUCCAAUCCAGAGUCUCGAGCUUUUUCUGGCGGUACCGCUAGUGAGGAUUUGCACGCCUGGUCCAUAUACAGGCAAAAUCUCAAUUCGGAUUUCACGGACAGCGCCCUAGGAUCGACGGAUAAGAGCCCGCUUCCUUAUGGCAACUUCCAGUUGCGCGACACGACGGUGCAGUCAAUCUUAUCGCACCCGCGAUAUGGGCCCAAGAACGCCUCCACGAGGCCCCACACCAGGUCGGCUCUCGGAUCGAACAUGUACACUUAUUUGAAAUUCGGCCUUCCCAGGGUGUUCCCUCCGAAUCACAACGGGUCCAAUCGCUCCGGCACGCCGCAGCAUUUCACGAGGAACGCCUCCACGAGGCCCCACACCAGGAGCCUGAAACCAGGAAGCCGCGGCCCAAGGGACGGAAGCUCCGGAUACGACAGUUCCGACAACGAGACGUCGAAUCAGUACAAGAACAACCGGAAGUACCGCUCCGAUCCAGAUUUUAGAAUGCAGAAUAUCCACCAGGCCUAUCAAGGGGGAAGCCCAGGCCUGCCUCUGGCCGCGAUGCAGCAAGGAGGCAUUCGACCGUCAAACCAAUGGAACAGAAAUAAAAGCAUAUCGGAAGCCAAUUUGCUGGCAACAGAGUACAAUAGAUCGUACCAUCAUAUGGAUCCACAUCCUCAUCACCAUUUAAGAGACCCCAGACGCAACAGCGUGGCUGAGUUCGGUCACCACCACGAUGUCGUGGACCACAGCGUCUUAAGUCACAUAAGCCGACCAAUGUCCAAAGCGGAAAGUCAUCUCUCAAUACCGCAAUCGAGAAGGGGGCCCUCGUCCGUUGUCCGCACCGAUUACCUGAGCCAAGACGAUGAACCGAGUCCUGCCUUUAUGUAUCCCCAUUUACAGAUAUGUGGAGUUGGUGUUUGGCCGAGAUCCCUGUCGUGCCUCUCAUCGAACCAGCACCUCCUGCUCAACGAGAUAUCCUUCGAAAUCCGCGGUGGCGAGAUCAUGGCGAUUAUGGCGACGUCCGAAGAGGAGGGAACCGCGCUGUUAGACGUAGUGGCCGGCGUGAAGGCGCCAGUGAUCGGGAAUGUUAUUUUGAACGGGCAAAACGUUAGGCCGCAGAAUUUAAAAUCGAGGGUGGCUUACGUGCAAAGUGACCCCCAUUUGUGUAAGGACAUGACGGUGAUACAGACUUUAAGGUUCCACUACGAUCUCAAAAAUCCCACGGACAAAUUGGGGUACUUGAAAAUCGAUGCCAUGGAUAGGAUAAAUGUUCUCAUCGAAGACCUGGGUUUGGAACAAGUGCGGAACACCAGGGUCUCAUCUAUGACGAUUUCCGAAAGAAGAAGACUGAACGUAGCAUGUCACCUGCUCUUAGAUACGGACAUAGUAGUACUAGACCAACCGACUCGGGGCAUGGACAUCUUCGACACAUUUUUCCUCGUAGAAUACUUGAAACAGUGGGCCAACGGAGGUGCGGGGAACGCCCUGGGCAGGAUAGUUAUAUUAACGAUGCACCCGCCUACUUACGAAAUCUUCACGAUGCUUUCCAGGAUACUAUUGAUAUCCGCUGGAAGGACGAUGUUCAGCGGGAGGAGGAGGGAUAUGUUGCCAUACUUCGCUUUAGUCGAUUAUCCUUGCCCGUCGUAUAAGAACCCGUCCGAUUAUUACCUGGAUCUGGUUACUUUGGACGAUCUUUCCGCCGAGGCAAUGUUGGAGUCCUCGCAGAGAAUCGAACAGCUGGCGGAGAUCUUCAGGAAAAAGCAGGAACCGAUGAGCGAUCCCGGUCCCCCGUCGACCUUACCCAUGACGGUCAAGAACUCGAAUUGUUUCGUGCAGGGCUUCGUUUUGUUCACGAAAGCCAUGUUUUACACCCAACCAAACACGUUUUUAAACUGGCUGACGUUAAUAAUAGUGUCCGCCAGUUUAUCUUUAAUUAUCGGUGCAAUAUUUUGGGACGUUCCCAAUUCGGACUCGCAACUGACUUUGAAUGAUAGACAGGGAUAUCAUUAUAGUGUGAUGUGCGUCAUGUCAUGGCCGUUACUGCUGUUUCUGACCAUAUCCGAGAUCAGGAGGAACAGGAGGACUGUGGAGAGGGACAUUAAAGACGGACUGUAUGGGAGACUGACGUACAUAUUAACGAAGUCUUUGAUAAAUCUCCUUCCCUCGCUUUUCGUAUGGUUAAUCUACAUCGUGCCAAGUUACUCAAUGUCCGGACUUUACAUGCAAAGUUUGUACAAUUACGACGGAUUCUACAUUUAUAUAGGUGUAAUGUUAAUCUAUUUAAGUUGUAUACAAAUAUUUAUCAUAGCAUGCGUAUACCUUCUGCCCUUAACUAAUUUGGCAGCUGCAGUGUCCUCGACGAUCAUAUGGGCAUUUUUCCUAGCAGCCGGGUACGUUCUUCACUUGAAGGACCUGCCUUACUAUUACAAAUGGUUACAGUAUGUCAGUCCGACUUCCUGGUUGAUACCUUUUCUACUAAACCGAGAACUAUCGCCGGAAGCGGUGCAGAGAAGUUCGGCGACGACGUUAUGUCGCAAUAAACAGAUUCAGCACCAAGAUAUCAUCGUGCCUUGUCCACACCCGAACGGAACCAACGUACUGAUCAACUACGGUUAUUCCACGUCGGAGGGGUACGUAUUCGACUACGGCAGUACCCCUUUGGCCAUGGUCGCGUUCUACUUUAUCUUUUUCAUAGUGACAUGCCUUGCGUUUGUUGUAAAUUGUUGCAGAAGUAAAAAAAAGUCAAAACGUAAGGGCAGGAACGAUGCCAAUAAACCCUAGUUCUAGAUAAUAAAUUAUUUAUCGGUAAGUGAUUAAUUCGAUCCUGUUAAUGUUUUAAUUUUUAUUUGUAUUAGUGCCUUUUAUAUUGUAUGUUAUAUUAUUUAAUUAAAGCGAUCU